ACUCUAUAAUAAAACGCGGCUAACAAAACAUUUUGAAUUAGAACAGGAAAAAACAGGGUGUGCCGUUAAAGGAGACGGUCUCAGAAGUCAAUAAGUAACACAUCCUUAGGGUUUGAAUGAUUUUAACCCUCUGAAAGUUUCUGUUCUGCUCUCAGAUACCAGAGAAGAUGGCGGCCAUGUUCACAGCAGUGUCACAGAGAUCUUUUCAUGCUACUAAUGUACGGGAUUUUGCCCAUUUUAAUCUUAGAAACAAUGUGAAUUCAUUCAAGAACAUCUCAUAUCCGUUAAAUGUCCGCCGUUUGAGACAGAAUGAUUGCAAUUCCAACUUGCUUGUAGUCAAUGCCACUGCUGCACCAGGACAUACAUCUCAAGGGAACGAAUCGAAUUACGACGACGACAAUGAGAAUAACCGCUAUUUGAAAACACAGGUUGAAGGUCUCUUAGAGACUAUAAAGUGGGACGAGAAAGGAUUGGUUGUGGCAAUAGCUCAACAUAUUGAUACUGGAGCUAUUCUGAUGCAAGGUUUUGCAAACAAGGAUGCUGUUUCCAGAACGUUGAUGUCUUGUAAAGCUACAUUCUACAGUCGGUCCAGGUCCUCCCUGUGGACAAAAGGAGAGACUUCCUCCAACUUCAUAAAUAUAGCUGAUGUUUUUUUUGACUGCGACCGUGAUUCGGUGAUAGUUUUUGAACUUCUGCAUCUUGUAUCACUUAUAAUAUACCUUGGAAAGCCUGAUGGACCAACGUGUCACACAGGGAUGGAGACCUGUUAUUUCACUGCAGCGUCUGAUUUUGUCAAAAAUCCAAAUGUCGAAGUAAAAAGACAGCCCCUUACAUCACUCUAUUCCUUAGAAGAUACUAUUUAUCAACGAAAAUCAGAUUUAGCAGACUUGAAUUUUAGGAAGCCUUCAUGGACAAAGAAGUUGUUGGAUGACCAAAAGCUACUUUGUUCCAAAAUACGUGAAGAGGCCAAUGAAUUGUGCCAGACCUUGGAGGACAAUGAAGACAAGUCGCGUACUGCUUCGGAAAUGGCUGAUGUUCUUUACCAUUCUAUGGUUUUGCUUGCAAUUAAAAAUGUCAAAAUUGAGGAAGUUCUUGAGAUUCUGAGAGCUCGAUUUAGUAAGUCAGGCAUUGAAGAAAAGAAUAGUAGAAAAGGUAAGGAUUAGUAUUAGACUUGUACAUCGCCAGAAGAAAUUGUGAGAGGACAAUAGAAAUGGAAAUGGAGAAUAUCACAGGGAUUGAAAAGAGUUGAAAAGAAUUUAUAUCCUAUUGAUGGUUUCUAUCAGAGACUAGUUUUUCUAUCAAUAUUCAAUGAAAGUUAUAGUGCAACCUGUGCACUGCAUUGAAAGUAUGCAAUGGAGAUGUACUGAUUUUUGCAAGAGUUUUCAAUUGAGGCAGGAGCUUUUUGAUUGAUAUGUAGAACAAAUACCUUAUUGUAAAGUAGUACUUUUGUGUUUUU